UAACAAUGAGCGCAACAGUAACAUCACUGGCGACAGAUUCAAUUACUUUAAAAAUUAUAAAUAAAGAUGCUCUACUUAAGGGUGUCGGUAAUGAGUUAUACUUACAUACCAACACAUCUAUUGACAAGCUCAGCACGCGGUUGAAGGGUAAAAUUCAUGGUAUCGAAAUUGGUCAUGGCGAUAAGGCACUUGUAUAUGGCGAAAAGGAAUUCGUAUUGUUACAGUUCUUAAAUAACGAAUUUAAGGAACUUGAAAGAGCGCAUUUAACAGAUUGGAUAAGUGCUGGACAUUUUUUAGAAGAUAAAUCACAGUUUGUUUUACUGACUGCGCAUUCCAUUUUACUACUUUUUAAUAUUAAUAAUGGUGACUCAGUGCAUAAUGUAGAUAACUUUACGCUCAAAAGAAGUUUUUCCUGUACGGACAAAUCCACAUUGUAUUGUGCACAUAUACAUGGUGCAACCUUAGAAAAAUUAGUCAUAUUUGGAGGAAAUGCAUUUGGAGAAUUACUGAUUUGGCAACUAAAACAUUACACUGACACCAAAAAUGACAAAGUUGAAGUAAAGUUAUUACAGCGCAUAUCAGCGCAUAAUGGAGUUAUAUUUUCCAUAAAUUAUAAUAAAUUAUACAGUUUACUUACGACUACAUCCGAUGAUCGCUCAAUACGUUUCUGGCAGGUCAAUUGCUUAGAUGACGAUUGGUGUGAUGCCAUAUUGACACCAGUAGCCAGCGGAUAUGGACAUGUAGCGCGCGUAUUUCAGGCAAAAUUUAUAGAAUAUGGUCAACGUAUUUAUGCAAUAUCUGUCGGCGAGGACUCUUACUUCUGCGUGUGGCAAAGUAAUGGGCAAUUAUUAUUUAAGCGUCGUCAAAAUUUUGGUGCAACCAUCUGGAAUUUGGAGUGCUGUGGUGUAACAAAUACCUUAUACACUGUAGAUUCAACGGGUAAUUUAUUAUCUUAUGAUCUACAAACUAUUUUCGAAGAUAAUGAAACCAAGCUCAUAAUCCUGCCUAAAGUGAACAAAGAGCAAAGCAACGAGUAUGUAGCAAAAAUAAAGUUCCUACAGCAACAUCUCUUGGUUGGUGUUACAAAUAACAACCGUCUUGUUUACAAGCCACACAAUGACGAAGCCAUUUGGUCAGCAGUUGAAGGCUUCGAACCAUUUAAAUGUACUGUACUAGAAGUAGAGCAGAAUUUGAUAGCAUUAUGCGGUUACAAGCGAGUGGCACUCUUUGUAUACGAUGGAAUAAAGCAGAAGUUUAACAAGCUUCAUGAUUUAGAAAUGCUAAGUGGAGUUGUGCGUGCUUUUCAAUUUCUUAGUGAAAAUUUAUAUAUAAUUUCUGAUGAGUUGGGCAAUUGUAAGCUUUUGAAAUCUGAAAAUGAUGAACUGCUGGAAUGGAAUAUAGAAUUACCCAAGUGUAAAGAGCGUUGGUUAACUGCUGCCUUAUUGAUAGAGAACAAUUAUCUUGUAAUAAGUAAUCGCCAAGGAAAUUUUAUGUUAUACAAAGCAAAAGAAAAUUCUUUUGAAUUUGAACAUAAAUUUACAUUAAAGCAUCCACAUGGAAACUUGGGAGCUACGCUCUUCAAAUUGGUUAGUGCUACUUCAGAGUUGAUAUUAGUAAAAAGUGCUGGACAUGAUGGAACACUAAUCACCUUGUGCAUUAGUAAACAAAAUGUUACUAUGAAAAUAAAUUCACGUCUUGUAGUACCAGUAGCUUGGGUUGAGGAUUUAAUCUGUUGUGAGCAAUAUGAACUAUUAUUGGGAUUUAAUGAUAACCACUUUGUUAUGUGGUGUAAAGAACAAGAUUUUUUAUUACAAGUACCUUGCGGCGGCGGGCAUCGUUGCUGGCAUUAUAAUAUUGUACAAGAUGAAGUUUAUAAAAACUGGAUGAUACACCUGGUCUUUAUUAAAAACAAACAAGUGCGCUUGCAUAAACUGAAAAUAUUCAAUGAAGUUCAAAGUAGAAUUAAGCUAACAGUAGCAAAUUUUUGGCAUGUUAAACCUUGCAAUAUUUUGCAGAUUGUUAAAAAAGGAAUUAAAGAAAACGUGUUCAUAUCGGCUGGAGAUGAUAACUUGAUCAAAAUUUCUGUUUAUAACUUUUCACUUGACCUUGUGAAACUUGUUGGAGAGGUGCAUACGCACAUAUCGAACAUAAGAACCUUACAGACUGUGAAAAUAGAUGAAAAUGACUACCUGAUAUUCUCCGGCGGUGGACGUGCACAAAUAUGUGUUACUAAAUUAAAUUUACUUUCUUAUGAAAUAGAAGAGUUGAUUAAUUACACUCUCAAAUCUACACCGUCCACACAAGCAACUUAUACUUUCGAUCCAGAAACUCGAAUUAUGUCAAUUGCUGUGUUACAGUCGGUUUCAACUAAGGGCUUUGCAUUCGAACUUUUCAUUGGUUGUUCCGAUGGGUUUUUGAGAAAACUUCUUAUCGACAGUAACUUUGAAGUGAAAAUUUUAGCAGAAAUAUAUUACUCCAAAUGCUUAUUACAAGUUAGUUUAGUGGCAGAUUUGUAUGUGGUCGCUGCAGCUACGGAUGGUGUCCUGAGAUUUUAUAAUUUGAAUUUAAAUCAAGUUGUGUAUGAAUUGCGUCAUCAUGCCAGCGGCGUGAAUGCUUUAGAUAUUUGCUUAAGUGAAAAUAAAACGGAGUUACAUGUACUUACAGGCGGCGAUGACGAAGCAGUUUCUUAUACCAAACUAAAUUUAGUUAAAUUUGAGGUAAUCAAAAGCUUAAAAUUGAAUCAGCACACCGCACAAGUUACAGCCACCUGCUUAUCGCCGGAUGGCCUAAAUGGAUACACAAGCAGUGUGGAUCAGAACGUCUUUAAAAUUUGCUUGAAAACAGGGAAAGUUGAGCAAUUAAUACACGCCUGCAUAGCUGAUGUUAAGGGUUUAUGCUUAGGUAGUAAUGAUUUGUUUGUUUUGUAUGGUUGUGGUCUACAAACGUUUUAUGUAAAUAAAAAAAACACGAAGUGUUAA